AUGACAAGCACAUGGCUCCACCUCAACCACUGGCUCUGCCCCAUGUGUCAGGGGGUGAUGCGAGUGAUGGGAAUUGCGUUCAGGUCACAUUUAAAGGUGUUCCUGCUUAAUUUGCCUUUCUGAAAUAGCAUGAGAGUCGAAACGUGGCCACCUUUUAAAAAUUCACACUUCCCCGAAUUUUGCAGUGCACUUUGCCAGUCAAGUAAUUUGUAUAAAAAAUGCAUAUGGCAUAAAUAGGCAUGCCUUUGUGAAGACAACAUACAACAUGCAUGAACCUACCUGGACCCUGAGAAUCAUCCUCUGAGGCCCUUCUUUGUGUGCCUCCUCCACGUGAGGGUGGCAACAUAAGAAUGGGCCUUUUCUGUGGUGGCUCCCCAUUUGUGGAAUGCUCUCCCAGGGAGGCUCAUCUGUUGCCUUCAUUAUACAUCUUUAGGUGCCAAGCAAGAAUAUUCCUCUUCUCCCAAGCCUUUGGCUAAUUAAACUAUCUAUGACCUUUUAAACUGUGGGGGUACUGUUUUCGUUUGUUACGAAAAUCCUCGUUAUUGCAUAUUUUUACAUGGCUGUUUAUUCGUAUAUAUUUUUUAAAAAAUGUAUAUGGAUGUUUUAUGAUGGCCUAUAUUUCUAAUUGGGACUCGGGUGGUGCUGUGGUCUAAACCCCUGAGCCUUUUGGGCUUGCUGAUCAGAAGGUCAGCGGUUCAGAUCCCUGCCACACGGUGAGCUCCCGUUGCUCUGUCCCAGCUCCUGCCAACCUAGCAGUUCAAAAGCACACCAGUGCAAGUAGAUAAAUAGGUACCGCUGUGACAGGAAGGUAAACAGCGUUUCCAUGCACUCUGGUUUCCAUCACGGUAUCCUGUUGUGCCAGAAGCAGUUUAGUUAUGCCGGCCACAUGACCCGGAAAGCUGUCUGUGGACAAAUGCCGGCUCCCUCAGCCUGAAAAUUGAGAUGAGCGCCACAACCCCAUAGUCACCUUUAACUGGACUUAACCGUCCAGGGGUCCUUUACCUUUUUACCUAACCUUAUAUUUCUAAUGCCUAAUAAAGGUUUGACGAAGCCAAAUCCAACCUACCAAUCUUUCCUUGGUGUUUUCCAGGUACCUGGGAAUAACCCGGCCGCUGACGUAUCCCGUGAGGCAAGACGGGAAGUUGAUGGCCAAGAUGGUGUUCAUUGUUUGGCUCCUCUCGGCCUCCAUCACUCUGCCCCCUUUGUUUGGCUGGGCAAAGAACAUCACGGUGGAACGGGUGUGCCUCAUCAGCCAGGACUUUGGCUACACCGUCUACUCCACCGGCGUCGCCUUCUACAUACCCAUGGCCGUCAUGCUCGUCAUGUACAACAGGAUCUACAAGGCAGCCAAGGCCAGCGCUCAGAAACACCGCUUCAUGGACUUCCCCAGGCCUUACGAGCCAGACGGAGCCUACUGCAUCGAGCCUGGCGUCCGGCGCCAGCAUAGCACCAAGAGGAGCAAGGCUGUGGAGCAAUGUGCCACCUUGUCCAAACUCCUCCGCCAAGACCGGAAGAACAUCUCCAUCUUCAAGAGGGAGCAGAAAGCAGCCAGGACCCUGGGCAUCAUUGUGGGGGCCUUCACCUUUUGCUGGCUCCCCUUCUUCCUGAUGUCAACGGCCCGGCCGUUCAUCUGCGGCAGCCGCUGCAGCUGCAUCCCUUUGAGGCUGGAGAGGACUCUCCUCUGGCUGGGGUACGCCAACUCCCUCAUCAACCCCUUGAUCUACGCCCUCUUCAACCGGGACCUGAGGACUACUUUCUGGAACCUGCUGCGCUGCAGCUACCGCAACAUCAACCGCAGGCUGUCCGCCGCAAGCAUGCACGAGGCCCUGAAAGCCACAGAGAAACAUGAGGGCAUCAUCUAA